GACACUUGGGAACUAUAUGUGCCUUACCUUACCUAAAUCUCUUCCUUUGUAUUCUGGUGUUUCUCUCUGAAGCAAACCUCAACGUAGAAUCAUAAUUCUAGCUUCCGAUUUCACGAUCAUCGAUUUUCUGACAUAUUUUUUGUUCUUACAGUGGAGUUAGGGAUUGAUGAUUCUGUUAAUGACGAUACAUUAAGAGACGGUGCCAUGGUUGAAGUGCAUAGCAUACCGGAUGAAAACAGAGAAGAAGAAAGUUCUGUUGAACCAGCUUACAAACAAGACCAAGAUGCUAACAUGACUCACGAUUUUUCCGGAGCGAUAAUAAUACCCUCAGAAAUUCUCCCAUUAUCGGUCGCGUCUGCUGACGAGCCCUAUGUGGGUCAGGAGUUUGAGUCGGAAGCAGCAGCACAUGCAUUUUAUAAUGCAUACGCAGCUGAGGUUGGAUUUAUCAUACGCGUGAGCAAACUCUCACGGUCAAGGCGCGACGGAACUGCUAUUGGACGCGCUCUUGUAUGCAACAAAGAGGGUUAUAGAAUGCCUGACAAGCGCGAAAAGAUCGUUAGGCAAAGGGCAGAGACAAGGGUUGGUUGCCGGGCAAUGAUUAUGGUGAGGAAAGUCGGUUCUGGUAAAUGGGUCGUUACGAAGUUCGUAAAGGAGCACACUCAUCCAUUGAAUCCCGGAAGUGGUAGAAGAGAUUGCAUGUUCGAACAAUAUCCGUCUCAGAACGAACAUGAUAAAAUCCGCGAACUAUCUCAGCAACUGGCAAUCGAGAAAAAGCGAUCGGUGACUUAUAAAAGACAACUUGAAGUGAUAUUUGAUUAUAUCGAGGAGCACAAUGUGAGCCUUUCCAAGAAAAUACAGCACAUAGUAGACAGUGUGAAGCAGAUGGAACCGAAAGAAGAAGAACACAAUCAUUCGUAGGUUCACCUUUCAACUAUCUAGUCCUUUUUAAAUAUCAAUAAUAUUCAAUCUACUGUCAGUAUCCGAAAUCGCUCGAAGUUGAGGUGUGCAAUAAUAUCUGAUAAUAACUGCUGACAUAGGUAUCUGGUUUUAGUAUCGAAUGCUUCGGUUUUUCAGUGUGAUACAAUGGUAUUCAUUGUAUUACUUUUUAUUCUGUUGUAUUUUGGUUUAGUUGAAGAAACUAGUUCAAUCAAAUCAAAUGUAUAGAUUAUAGGUCCUUUGAGCCAUUCAUAUGAAGUUGCUGCUAACAAUUGUGGUAACACAUACAAGGCAUUCAAAUGCACUUAUAAAGCUUGAUUAUUCAA